AAAAAACAGCGCUUCCUUUGAGCGCUCCUCUUUACGUCAGGCUCAGCAGCGUCAGCCUCACUUUACGUCGGGGUCUUGGUGCAGCCGGACGGAGACAUACAGCUUCCAGAAGCCCAGGGGAUGCGCAUUGGACUGCCCGGUGGACAGACAUUGCAUCUCGGCUCAGUGAGAAGUUUAGUUGCGACUUCGGUUCUGAGUGUGUUGAUGUUCCAGCUGUUGAGGACGGUCGGACUGAGAGCAUUUUCCAUGGCAUCUGAGACUUACACAUCGGGCACACAUUCGGCUGCCUUCGUCACCUGUCCCAAUGACACGGUGGCGAGAGACUUAGCCAGGGGCAUCGUGGAGAAGAAGCUGGCCGCCUGCGUCAACAUCGUCCCCGCCAUCAAAUCUGUAUAUGAAUGGCAAGGGAAGAUCGAAGAGGACAGUGAGGUUCUGCUGAUGAUCAAGACCAGAAGCUCCAAGGUGCCUGCUCUUGCUGAAUAUGUCCGCUCGAACCAUCCCUAUGAGGUGGCUGAGGUGAUCAGCCUGCCGAUCGACCAGGGGAACCCUCCUUACCUCAAGUGGAUAGGAGAAAUCGUCGCUGAAUAAGCAAGAAAUGACUGAUGGAUAAAUGUACAAGUGCAUUUACAAAACCUGAAGUAUCGAUUCCGUUGUCCUUAUUUUCAAGCUAACUUUACUGUUUCAGAAAAGCUCUGAAGUACUAAUCCUCAGGCCUGUGAAAUAUAUACACUGAUAUUCUGAGGAACAUUUUCUUGUUUUCUUCUACUUUAACAUCCUGUAUUUGAGGCUCAUCUGUGAUGGCCUUCUCCCUCUUGUAUGUCAACCUCUAGGGGGCAGCAUUGGUCAGUCAGAUUCAGAGUCAAAGCAGUCAGAGUGAAACAUGCCACAGGUUUUCUGUGAGUUCUUGGAACAUGCCAUGUGUACUGUAUGAACAGGCCUUCAUUUGAUAUGAUAUCUUGUGUUGAAGAAUCAUUUUGAGUAAAACUGCCACAGGUGGAAACUGUU